UACCAACCGCACAAGCGUUCAUUGCGUUUUGUCUCUGUGAACGUCGCGAUUGUUUUUAUAGUCGGCUUAUUGAAUUAAUGCUAAAUUCCUACAUAUUAAAACAUAACAGUCAAUGCGAUAAAGCAAGACUAAUGUUUUAAUAAAACGUUAAAAGAGAAGAUUCCAUUGCCUUAGUGUUUGCCUAAAUUUGAACAAUCAUUUAUAUGAUAUGAAAAGAAAGCGAAAGUGGAGAAUGAAAUCAUAAUAGCAGAAAUACAAGCAUCUAAUGAGUAAGUGAUUGAAGCAUAUUCUGAAUAAAAUGCAAUGACAUCAGCUGGUAACAUAACUGAAGACCUGUGUAAAAUAUGUGACGGAAGAAUUGAGUGUGCACCCACGGCGAUACUUCUAAUCGCUUUAGUUCAUACUCUAUACGGGCAUUUAGGGCCUGAAAUAGAUUAUUUUGGAAAUAAUAAAGAGGAACUCACAGGUUCUCAACAAAAAUUAAAAGUCUUACCAAAACAUCGCUAUAAAUAUGUAGAAAAUGAGGAGCGAAACGAGAAUUCCGACAUCGGUGAUGAAGAGUUCGAUUUUAUAGUGAUUGGUGGUGGCACAGCUGGUUGUGUACUUGCCAGCCGACUCUCCGAAAACAGGAAGUGGAAGACACUGCUUAUAGAAGCCGGAGUUGAAGAACCUAAAAUGACACUGAUUCCUGCACUCACAAGUGAAUUUCAGGGUUCAUCACUUGACUGGCAAUACGCAAUGAGACCCAAAAAAGGAUUUUGUCAGAACCGUAUGGAAAAAGGCUGCGAAAUAAUACAAGGCAAGGUACUUGGCGGAACAUCGUCAAUUAACGAAAUGGCCUACAUAAGGGGCAGCCCUGCAGAUUACGAUGAGUGGGCACUUAAUGGCAAUGAAGGGUGGAGCUUUGCGCAAGUACUACCUUACUUUAAAUACUCUGAGGGGAAUUACGACAAAGACAUAUCGAAAAACAAAUUCUUCCACUCGACUCAAGGACCUUUAGAUGUAGGACGUUAUCCUUAUGUGGACGAUAAUGUGGACGUUUUACUAAGCGCGUUUAAUGAGAUGGGAUAUAACUAUACAGAUAUCAAUGGAAGGACACAAAUUGGGUUUAUGAGGAUACAGACUAUGUCUUAUUUUGGUGAAAGAGUGAGCACGUACACAGCCUUUAUAGAACCUAUACGUAAGCUUAGAAGUAACAUUGUAAUUCUGACAGAAGCAUUAGUCACUAAAAUAAUUUUUGAAGAUUACAGAGACAGUUUAAGAGCUGUUGGUGUAGAAUAUAUUAGAAAUGGUACGAAAUUUAAGAUAAAGGCGUCUAAAGAAGUAAUUUUAAGUGCCGGUGCUAUCAACUCACCUAAGUUGCUUAUGCAAUCUGGUAUAGGUCCUAGGGACUACUUAGAGUAUUUAAACAUACCGGUGUUGUAUGAUUUACCGGUUGGUGCCAACUUUCAAGACCACGUAGCAGUAUGUUUACCAAUUAUUAAACUGACAAGGACUGCGACUACCACAAAAUUUACAGAAAAAUUAAAAGACAUUACAACAUAUUACACAAAAGGACUUGGACCGCUGUCGGCAAAUUACCAGGUUGUAGCUUUUAUGGAGUCGAGUAUAUCAGAGAUUUUGGGAACACCGGAUAUUGAGUUUCGUUUUAGAGGUCACGAUUCAAACAUGUAUUAUAAUAAAAUGGAUAUGUGCAUUUCUCUAUUAACACCUAAAAGCAAAGGUCAAAUAAUACUAAAUGCAACAGACCCCGUCUUUGGAACACCUUUAAUAUACCCUAAUUUCCUUAAGGAUCCUUCCGAUGCAAAGAAGUUAUUAGAAGGCAUACAAGAAAUAGUUAAACUGUUUGACACAGAUGUAUUUAAAACAGCUGAAUACGAGUUUGACCCAAAACCAAUUUUAAACAAUGAAUGUAGGAAUCACGAAAGAGUUUCUGAGGAAUUUUGGUCAUGUAUCAUUAGACAAUUUUCGAUGCCCCUUCAAAAUUUCGUAGGAACAUGUAAAAUGGGGCCUCCCAAAGACCCCGAGUCAGUUGUAGAUAAUAGUUUACGAGUAUAUGGCACAACGAAUUUCAGAGUAGUUGAUGCAUCAAUAAUGCCUAAAAUAACUAGAGGUUCGACUUCAGCACCAGUAAUAAUGAUAGCGGAAAAGGCUAGUGAUUUAAUAAAAAGUGUUUGGUAUUAAACUAGAUAUUUUAUUUACAAAACUUAAUAUGCAUCAUAAUCAUUGUUUUCGUAGUCACCGUCUGCUAUAGUAGUUUGAAUUACCAUUAUUUUCUUUCCAGUCCUUUAAUAUUAAUUUUGCUCCUUUCUCAGCAAUCAUAACAGUCGGCGCAUAAAUUCCUCCUCUUACAUGAGUUGGCAUAACUGAAGCAUCCAUUAUUCUCAGCCUUUCCAAUCCAUGUACUCUUAGAUUAAAUGUAACUACAGAAUUUGUACUAUUAUAACCCAUUCGACAAGUACCGAUUGGAUUGCUCAUAGCUUUAGUGUAAUGUCGUGCAAUGCAAUUCCACUGGUCUCGAUUGUGUAAUCUAUCGCAUGGAAAUAAAUCAAUAGGUGCUAGUUUUAUCUCUGCCCUCUUCAUUUCGUUAGUAUUUAAUAGCUGAAGCGCGACAUCAAUACUAUCUACUAUGGCAUCUAAAUCAUGUGAAUCUUUAAGUAAAUUGGCUUGUAUAACAGGCCGGCCAUACUUAGGAUUCCUUUUGUUUAAAGUAAUUUUCCCCACACUUUUAGGUUUUAAAAGCACUGG